ACCUCAGUCGCACCAAAGACCAUAUAGGUAAACAUCACUUACUUAAUCCUAAAACCACAGGAAUUUGGAUGCCGUGGUUAAUAAAACAAAAGUGGUCUGUACUGUAGCAAAGAGUAAUCGGUCUCUAUUUUUACACACAAAGCCAGGGAAGUGUCAGCUAGCUCCGCCUUCCACAUUCCAAUGAGCUGCUGUAUCUCUCUGUCAUAAGAAGCCGAAGCGACGUCCAGUUGACAUGCGUUACUCAUUGCGCUGUUUAAGUUCAAUGGAAUAUUGCUGUUGCCUUUUGUGGCUCGUAGCCAUCACUUCUUGGCAUCAGCUGGGCGUGAGAGGUGCCAAAUCAUUGAGUGAACUAAAUCGAGAAGAGCUGCAACUGUUAGCGAAUCCGAAUCGACAUGAAAAGCUGCAGGUUUCGGACGAGCAUGGCGACGGAUGCGGCACGCACGUUCCCACGCAGACCGUGCGGUCGGGAGCGAGUAGUUUGCGCGGAAGGCGGUCGUCAUCGACGUUCGACACGCUUGGAUGCGGCCACUGUCCGACGGACGGACUUUGCGAUAAUCCAGAAAUCAGAAACCUGUACAAGAACAAGAGCGAACAGCUAAAUGUAAACGUCACUUGGCAUUUGUUGCCUGAUGGGAAUGGAAACUAUGACGUCUCACUGAAAGAUCUCGAGGCAGCUCUGGAUAAGCUGACACAGUCGUACGCAGUCGUGGGCUUGAACUUUUCGUCGAAAUACAUGCUUUAUUCGACGUCUGACAGCCCUAGCUGCAGUGAGGAGAAAGCUGCUCCCGCCAAUUUUUCUUUUUCUGACCUUCGACUAGCCAGGGUUGCGACUAGUCAACAUCCGUCGUCUCCACACCCAUAUUGCUUUACACAGACUGCGCCUCAUACUUUAGGACACAUCUACUUUCACAGAGUGACGGUCCGUUCGAAUUCAUAUGCUAUCCUCAGCUACGCAGACCAGGAUGUCUCCGUUGCAUAUGGUGCUCACCAAAGAACGGGAGAUAUUCUAUUUUACUCUAUUGCAUCAAGUGAUUCUGACUUUACUGAAAUGGUGUUGUACAGAUUCCCUGAACGGCAGACACUCAGAACUGAAAAGUUUCCUUCAACUGCUAUCAGUAAUGUUUCUCUUUCUCUGGGCAUUAAUCUUGAGUUUACCAUUCCUGAAGAUGGUGAUUAUUUUAUCUGGGUCUAUAACAGGAGAACUGAUAACGAAUCUAUCUUAGUACAGUUUAUUGUCAGUUUUAUCAAAUCAAAUUGUUUCUCUAGAGAUCAGUUUGUUAGCUGCUUUGAAACUCAUUUGGAGCCAAACAGUCUUAAUGUUAUUAUUGCUCCAUCAGACUUAUUUCAGACCUUGUAUCAGUUGACUGGUGAUCAUCUUGUUGCUUCUUCUGUUGAAGGAUUUGCCUAUUUUCCUUUUGAAGUAACGUUUCCGUGGCAAGUAGGUUUGUCAGUUGUAGCCGUAGAGGCAAUAUUGAAUCCCAGUUGGUCAGUUUUACAGCAUGAGAUUGGACACAACUUUGGUUUGUGGCACCCCAGCCAUGGUAUCACAGAAACGACUCAAUGUCAAACACAAACAGAUAAUGCACCUUGCACUGGUGAUCAGUUUCGAUGUUUGACAGUUGAAAAGUGCAUUCCUGUCAACUGGUACUGUGAUGGCUGGUUGGACUGUGAUGAUGACUCGGAUGAACCUCCUUCUUGUCAGUCAUUAUGUUAUGGUAAAUGUCAGAAUCCUUGUCGGGAGAGCAAUUCGUAUUCUGAUUAUGUUCGAGAUCGUGUUGGUGAUUUCUGUAAAGACACACCAGCAACUUAUACGUAUGGUGAGCCUCUAUGUGACAAUCUAGUUGUAACAUCAUCAGCUCGAAGCAGUAAUCUGAUGGCAACUCGAAGAGCCACAAUAACACACUUGUCACUUGAACAGAAGGCUCGUGCUCGGUGUUGGUUGCUCAAUGCAGCACAUCAAUCAUUUGUCAGCUGUCGAAAAGAAAUUCAAAUUCAGUAUAAUGAUUACAUAGAUGAAUGCGUGUCAACUCCAACUCAAACAGAACUUGUCAAUGGAUCAAUAUUUGUUGAGUGUACGGCAGAUCGAUGUGAGUAUGUUAACCCUUGCCAGAACAAUGGGAUAUGUGUAAGUCACUACGAUACAGUCAGCUGUGAUUGCACUACUACUGGCUAUUGCGGAGAAUUUUGUACGAUGCCGGUGAACAGUACAUACUGUCAAGUUCAACAAACAACCACUCCACCAACAACCUCACAAACUGCAACAACAGCUUCACAAAUAGCUCCUACUAGCACUAAGAUAUAUGUCACCACACCGACAAGUGGAGAACCCACAUCGAGUGAAGCUACAACAACAACAACAACAACAACAACAACUGAUAAAUCACCAUCAUGCUCUGAGACAACAUACGGUUGCUGCCAUGACGGAGUGACUGCUGCUGGUCCAUAUCAGAGUGGCUGUCCUGGUGUGGAGGUUGGUGAUGUUUGGGGCUCGUCUUUCUCUGAUUAUCUUUCAUCAUUUGAAACUUGGAAGAAAGGCUGUUCUUAAGUGUUUGUAGAUGUCGUCUUGCUGAAUCACAUGACACGGUUAGUUCCAUCUUACGAAAUGUAUACAUCACAUACAUUGAGGAUGGCAGUGCGUUUAGCUACAUGUACAUCUUGCUAAGACUUCUGUAUUUUUUCAUGUCAGAAAAUAUGUUGGAAAUUAAGAUUGGAAAUAUAGCAUGGAAUGCAUUAGCUGUA